UUAUGUUUUCAAAGAAUUUCACAUCGAGGAGUUUUUACAUCCCACCGACUCUGACUGUUCUGUAUCUGUGACGGUGCGAGGGAAGAAAAUGCCAGACUGGAGUUAGACUGGAACGUACCAUCAGGGCAGGAGGGGGAGCUCAUGCCAAACCUGUAGGAAGACAGGUCAAACAAGCUAUGAAAGUUCCACCAAGCUGAAAAAACAAAUAACUGAGGCCCACAAACAAUGGACACACAGAAAGUGAAUGGCGUUGCUCCAAAAGAAAAUGGAAGUCACAGAAGACCGCCCUCCUAUUCUGUCGAAACCCCCUACGGAUUUCAUUUGGACCUGGAUUUCGUUAAAUAUGUUGAGGACAUUGAAAAGGGUAACACCAUCAGAAGGGUGCAACUUCAGCGUAGACCGCGUGGGCGGAGCAGCGGUAACCUGUCGCGUAACCUCAGCUUACCUGGGUACAGUUGCAGAGCCUCUCAGUGGAGCUCAACGAAUGUCUUAUUUCCCAGAACUCGACUUGCAGACUCCCAGCAGCCCUGUGAUUUUCAGUGCAACGACGGUGAGUCAGCUGGUUUCAGCAGGCAAUCAGAGUCUCCCUACAAAACCUCAAAGGCUUUUGAUGAGCAGCCGUUGGGACCACACGUGAGGCCAAAUCUCCUGCGAGCCUCCAGUUUACCCCUAACGGUGUUACUGAGAAAAUACUCCACCGAGGACCCGACCAGCCCCAACGGUUCGAGGGAUUUCCUCUCUCAAGAAAACGGUUCUUCCGAAGACGUCUUCCACAGCCCAGGAAGCGCGAACGGGACUUUUCAGCAGCUGACUGCAGCUCUGCGGAGAGUUGGUGAGCUAGAAGAGGAGAUCAGGAUCAUACCAGAACUUAAAGCACAGAUAUGUAUCUUGCAAGAGGAGCGAGAGAGGCUCCUGCACACGUUCCAAUCCGAACUUGACAACACCAUGACUCUGGACUUUCCUCGAGGUAUGGUGAAGACGGUGGAGAAGAAAAAUAAAGCAAACGAUGACUGGAUGGAUCGAGAGUACGAUCAGCUGGAAGAGAAUGUCAAGGCUUCCUCUGAGCAAGUUAAUGCGAUUGCGAUAACCACAGAAAAAAAUUCACAAGCAACGAAGAGAGAUCAUGAAGACCAGUCCCUCGUUGAGGCUUUGCAGAAGAAAAUCACAAUGCUAGAGCAGAAGCUUCAUGAACUUGAGUCUGAUCUGGAAAAGACGACAAAUCAUCUUAAGGAACAGGAAAAGGAGAGUCGUUUCAAGGAUGAGAGAAUCAAUGAGUUGACCAAACAACAUGCAGAAAACAUCUGGGUUAGACCAGACAACGUGAGGAACACGCCGGAUCCAGACAACAAGUCUGAACCAUCUGUGCAAAUGUAUCCACCUGAACCUGAAUCAAGUAAAGCUAACCAGGUGUCCUUAGAGGAAGAACUUAAACCCUGUGCAACAAGAGGACCUGCAGGAUCACAAGCAGACAUGGAGCAGCAUGUGAAAAAAGUCAGAGAUCUCCUACAGGAGCAGUGGGAAUGUCUCAGCAGAAACGAGGAAUCAGGAAAAGUGUUGUCUUCUGAACAUCUACACCCACGGGUCUGCUCCAUCCAAACACAGCUGGUCUCGUUAGUCAACCUGCUGGCACUCUAUAUAUCACCUGAACAAGAUGCACCACCACCAGCUCAGAAGUCUAUGACUGAGGACGAAGUAUCCAUGGUGAAGACAUGGGAAAGUCCUGAGCAAGACCAUGGACGAGACCGAUUUCUUCUCAGCGAUUCUGGCAAAGCAGUGGAGAGCAGCAUGAGGGCAAAGGAUUCUGCAGAGGAUGGGCUGAACCAUGAUAUCUGCCCAACCGAAGAGCUGCCAAGUUUUACACUGACCACUAGAAAGCAAGAUCUCCUCAGAGAAACCGUUGCAGAGACCACACACUUGAGAGUGUCUGAAGAUGAAGAAGAUCAGGACAGGAUGUGUGACGCAAAAUGUCCAGGAGAAAAAGCCGACAAGCAGAACGGCACGUGUUCGGGAGCUGAAUCGGAAGAGGUGUCGCAUAGCGCAGGGGGAAGGGGCGUGGAGAUCAACUUCAUGAACGCGUGCCACUUCUUAGAAAAGCACAUGGAUGAAGUUUCUGAACCAAAUGAUGAAAUGAGGCAGGCUCUGACCGUGGUGUUCCAGCAGUGGUUCCACGUGUGCGCUGAGGAGAGCUCGUGUGCCGACGCGGUCGCUCUGUACAUUAACAGAGUGGCCACAGAAACCCCCGCUGUGCUGCAGUUCCUGGUCAAUAUGAUGGAUGAUAACGGAAACACGGCCCUGCAUUACAGCGUGUCCCACUGCAACUUCAGCAUCGUUAAGCUCCUCUUGGACACGGGUGUGUGCGACGUGGACCUGAAGAAUAAAACCGGGUACACAGCGGUCAUGUUGGCGUCUCUCCAGCCGCUGGACACCGAUACAGAUAUAAAGGUGGUGCAGCAGCUGAUGGAGUUUGGAGAUGUUAACGCUCGUGCAGGUCAGGUGGGUCAGACGGCGCUCCACCUGGCGGUCAGACACGGCCGAGCGUCCACGGUGAAGCUCCUCUUGGAACAUGGAGCAAAUGUUAACGCUCAGGAUCAAGCGGGAACCACGGCACUGAUCAGCGCCUGUGACCGCGGACACGCCGACAUCGUCCGAAUUCUGCUGCAGGACCCUGACUGCGACGUGAACCUCACCGAUAAGGGAAGUCGCAGCGCUCUGUCUCUGGCCACACAGGCGUCACACACGGAGAUCGCAGACCUGCUCAAAGCUCGGACCACCAACACUAAAGCCCACGAUAAAUGCAAGAUGGCUUAGAGACGAGAACCUGCUCUGUGGAGAAUGUCACGAACACGCAGGACUCCUUCUGUAGCUUCACUAUGGAAUAUCUAGUUUUCGUAAUUUGGUUCAUUUGAAUAAUAAGGUGCUUUUAUUAUUAUUAUUAGUGCUAGCAUAUUCCUCAGUUCUGAUUUUGCACAAAUUAACAAUCUCGACUUUAUCGACUCAUUUAUCAUCCUGACGCUCUGCUUCUGAUCCUUCAAUCAAAUAUCUUUCAAACAGGUUAGUCCUGUUGUUACUUACAUUAUAGCAGCUAUAAACACUCAUUCCCUCACCAGCCUCUCUUCAUUCUGUCUUGAAGUUAAUAAUAAUUUAAAAAAAAAACGCAGUUUGCCUUGUUACCACAAAGAAACAGUAAAGAAGUGUAAACUCCUGUCCUGAAGACGUCAGAAAAUGUAAAGUCCCAGCUUCACUUCUGACCGUUACACAGCCUUCCACAGGGUUACAGAAAACUUCACCAUAGCAACGAUUUAAAAACUCUGUUCAUGUGGAGCGUCCGCUGUACCGUACACAUCACUGAGAACAAGCGGUUACUAUAGAAACGAUAACGUAUUAGAAUGAGUGCAUUAAAUGCAGUGAUAUUUGUUGUAAUUGAGUGUUUGAUCUUAAUUCACCCUCAGUGAGACUGGUGUGUGUCACAAACCUGUGCGGUAUGUCCUGAACCUCCUGACUGUCUCAUCCCUCACCUCUGCAAAUAUAUCAGACAUGAUGAGCUCUCUCUCUCUCUCUCUCUCUGUGUGGAGGAAGGGAGGAUUCCUGCUAAAGGAGCUGAAAGAAAAUGGAGACACUCCACAUGGAUUAAAGCAAAAAAAAAUUAUUUGACUGAAAAUUUACGGGGGGGGGAGGGUGUUAUGGGUGGAUUUCGAUGAAAUUCUGAGAAUGGUUAACUUAGAACCAGGGCUUUGAACCGGUUCAAGGAACGAAAACGAAACUUUUUCUAUUUCACAUGGAACAGAAAUGAAACCAGAAACUUUAUUAUUUUUUAUGUUCCGGAACAGAAACGCUUAUUAAAAAUAAUGGUAACCGGUUAAUACCGGUUUUUAUUUCGUUCCUCAAAGUUUCCGUAGCCUACAAAUAAAAAAGUCAUUCUUCUCCUGCGCAAGUUUCUAUGACCCGCUGGGGUUCACUUCCUGUGUGACGUUCGCUGACUGAAUGGAGAGAGCGGGAGGGUGGACUACUAUCACGUCUCCACAUCUUAAAUAAGAGGUAAAUAUUGCAGUCCAUCGUUAUUCAAAAACGUCAAUUUCAAACACGAUAUCAAUAUAUUUGUCCACGUUAAUGAAAGGCUCGCGAACAUUAAAUGACGCUAACCUCUGUUAGCCUAUCAAUGCAUAGGGCCUGACUAGCCUUUGGUAACACACUAAACGAAUUCUCUUUCAUUUUUGGCACUUUUUCUGUUUGUGUAGAUGGGAAGACAUACUGAGAAUCCAAAUCGCCAACAUUUGAAAUAAUAAUUGUUUUGAAUUAUUUCUUGUCUUAUUUAAUGAAGGUUGUAAUAGAAUUAGCCUACAUUUGGCUUAAGCUGGAUGAGACAGAGACAUCAUUUUAUAGCCAUUUGUUAAACAGCUGACAGGGAACGUAAUUAACCGUUCCGGGAACCAAAUUUUUUUGUUCUAACCGGUUCGGGAACGUCUAUUUAAUGGUGGAACCCAAAACCGGAAACGUUAAAAUUCCGUUUCUGUUCGGAACGAACCAAUAGGAAAAAAAUUCUGGUUCAAAGCCCUGCUUAGAACUGAUAACUUUAUUAUCAAUUAAUUAAUGGAUCAAUAUAUUCAAUUUAUUGCACUCUCUUUCCAUUGCUUCCGUAUAUUAUUUUUUUAUGGCAAACCACACAAAUGCUGGAAUGUUUAGUUUUUUGCACCAUGAACUAAAUGGCUUUCCGUUUUCACCUCUCUUGUACAGCCGAGCCCACCUCCACUUGUUUUUACACCUUUAUCGAUGGCAGACACAUCAGUGCCUUCUUUCAUGUAAAGCGCAUCCAUGCUGCCGAAACCCAAAGCAGAACGACAUGCUCCUCUAUGCUCGACGUCAAUAUUGAGGUUUUUCACCUGACAUCACAGGGUCACGUGACGCCCCGGUGUCCGCCAUUUUGAACGUCAAGCUAGCUAAUGUCAACAACA